CCAUGGCGACCACGGUGACCACGUCCUCGGCGCCCCUCGCCCUGCUGGCGGUCGUCGCGGCCGUCGUGGCCCUGGCCGUCGUCCCCGCGGCGGACGCGUGCAACGGGUUCCGCCUCGUGGUGAAGAAGGCCGAGACCAAGUGCGCCGACGGCACCGCCAGCCUCCUCACCAUGAGGGACUUCGGCGUCACCCUGACCCCCGACUGCAAGUUCAUCCCCCGUGGCUGCGUCAAGGCCAACAAGGGCUUCGGCAAGGCGCAGGUCAAGUACGUGAUCAAGACCUCGAUGGGCAUGCCGCUGGCGGAGGGCGAGAAGAACGCGUGCGAGGCCAUGGCCGAGGCCGCCAAGAACCCCGACGCCACCACGAUGAUGGACUUGUUCCAGCUGCCCAAAAGCUGCCCCGUCGAAGCUGGCGAGCGUUGCGCGGACGGCAAGGUGGUGGACGUCGCACCCUGGAAGGACAAGCUGGUGCCCGGCUCCAUCAAGGCCGAGGUCACUGUCACGCACGAGGACGGCAUGAAGUCCUGCAUCGGGUUCGAGGGGGCGCUCAAGAAAUGAGGCAUUGCUGCGGCACACACUGUAGCGAGGAUUGCAGCUUCUGCCAAUGAUGGUCAGGCAAAGGCCAAGCUUCGGACAAACCUUCUCCAAUACUACUAUGCAAUCAUACUGUACUCGGGAGAAAUAUACUUUAUAUUUUGGCA